UGUCAGUAUGACUAGAGAUUUUUAUAGAGACACACUCACUUCGUUAUUUGAGUGAAGAAUUCACGGUGAAUACUCUAGAGCAUUGAAACAUUUGAACAAAAUGUCGGACUAUUUUGAGGAAAUGGGUUGGACCCCAUUGGGCGAUGGUGAGGCACCAAAUCAUUUAAUACAAAUGGCGCGAUUGUUGAGAGAUUUUGGUAUGUGGGAAUUGCUUGGUCAAGAUAAAAGAUUGCCACCACCUGCAUCUAAAGCAGCACUGAAUACUUUAGAAGACAUCAAAAUAUCUUCAAAUGAAUCAAAACAGUGUCCUGUUUGUUUGAAAGAAUUUGAAAUGAAUAACUUGGUCAAAACUUUACCCUGUCGUCACACUUUUCACAAGGAAUGCAUUAUUCCGUGGUUGGAAAAGACCAACUCGUGUCCACUUUGCCGAUACGAAUUACCGACCGAUGACGAAGACUAUGAAAUGUAUAGGAAGGAAAAGAAGAGAUCUGCAGAAAGGGAAAAAGAUCUAGAGACUUUACAUAAUUCUAUGUUCAUGUAGCGAAAUAGAAAGAGCGGCAAUCGUUCUAAAUUUAAUAAGCUUAUGAAAUAUUUAUCUCGUCGAGUAUUUCAUAAUUCCUUUCCAUCGGUAAUAUAAUGCGAUCUACAAAUGUUAUCGACAACAGGUUAAUUCAAUUCGAUCUAGAAAAUUCGAUACUUUUUCUAUCGUUACCAGAGUACAAUCAUUUAAUUUACAUUUACAGUUAGUCAUAUUAUAGCUUUGUAUUUAUUAUAAAUAAGAGUAAAAAUAAAACUUGAAUGAAAGUAAAUGAAUUAUUGGGAAUGGGUAAAUUAGAUUUAUAAGUAGGUCAUGUAAUUAAUAGUAAGUAUAACGAAGCAACGAGUAUAGGCCAAUAAAAAGUCGAUGAUUAUUAAUAGGAAAUAAUGUUUAUUAUACAGUGUACAUAUUUAUUAACUUCAUUUAUUUUAUUUCUGUUAUAAAUUUUAUAUUAAUAAUUAUAUUAUGCUUUGCCGAGCGACGAAUGCCUUAAUCAGUGUGCGCUUAGACUAUAACAAUCUCCGUAAAAAGUAUAGAAACUUCUGCUUUUUAUUUUGUUUAUUUAUUAUUAUUAUUUUUUUUUACUUUUUAAUUGCCUCUAUCUCUUUCUUUCUUCUCCCUGCUCCCUCUCUCUCCCUCUCCCUCUCCCUCUCCCUCUCGCUCUGCCCCCCUUUCUCACUUUUUAUUUUUCCCCCGUCUAGUUCUUCGUUUUUUAAACCCUGGAACGCGACCACCAUUUGAGUCUUUACCCAGCAAAGAGAAUCGCCAAAAUAUGUCGCGCUGAAAACGGCAUAAUCGUUCGGCAUAUACAAAUAAAUAAUAGUACUGUCGAAGUUAAAGUAAUUGGCGGUUUAUUCUUUUUUUUUUUGUUCAUUUUUCUUUCUUUUUUCUUGUCUCUUAUUUUCAUCAUUUUUUAUUAUAAUUAUAAUUAUUAUUAUUAUUUUUUUUUUUCUCUUAUUUCUCGUCGGUAAUGCCAUUUCCGAAAGAAUGGCACGUAUCGCCGCCGCGCCCUAAAAUAUUCCCUUUUUCUUCGGACGCGGCCAUUUUCCACAAAAAUCUUCUCCUUCCCCACAUUUGCGAAUAAUACUUAAACCCUAAGGUUAAAAGUAUCUCGUUUUAUUAAUUAUUUAUAUAAUAUGCGUAAUAAUAUAAAUAAUGUCGUUAAUAUACCUAUCAUAAUUACCGUUUCUUUAAUAAUAAACUAUCUGAAUGGUAUAUUUUCUUUCUGCUAAUGGCCAUUUCCGUAAUAGCUAGAUUUCUUUUUUUUUGUUAUUUAUUUAUUUAUUUAUCUUUUUAUGUAGUCUGUAUAUGCGAGCUCCAAGUGGGAUAAGGUACGUCGUACAGAGAAUUUUAUUCGGCUCGGCGUUUAUUACACAUAAGAAAGAACGGAAACGAAAAAGACGAAC